AUGGUGUUAGCGUUUUACCUACUCACAAAAACAAAAUUAAGAAAAACAAAACUAUUCAAGAGAGCUAUGGGGUCCGGGUUCAAGAUCGGAUCAAGUUUCCGUUUAGCCACCGCAUUCACAUGGUGUCUUCUCAUUGCAUCAACCUAUGUUCCAUCCACCACAUCAGCAGCCCGGUUUGAGGUAAGAAACGAGAUAACCAAAUUCCCGGGAAGAAACCGACAACUCUCGUUUGAAUGUUGGUCAACUACCAACGAUCUAGGCUUGCAUGCUCUCAAACCAGGAGAAUCCAAAAGCUGGUCGUUCAAGGCGGUAUACAUCAAGUUACCGUUCAUGUACACGUACUUUCAGUGCAGGUUCUUCGUCGGCUUUGGCUCGCCUGAUGGGCAGGUCGCAACUGUUUUUGCUGGUGAGAGAAAAUUCAGGUACGAAUGCGAUGAUCAGGAGGAAGAGUGCAUUUGGGUGGUGAAGAGAGAAGGGUUAUAUAUAAGGAAGAUCACAAGGGAUGAUAAAGGCCAAAGGCUUUACGAAGACGCAUUGAAACUGGCUUGGAUUGGUGGUACUAACUACUUCCCGAUUUAUGAGGAUCAAUAAUCAUAAACAUUUCCAUAUAAAUAGCAAACAUAUCUUCUAUUUGUUUUUUAUUUUGUUUUUUCUUUUUUUUUUUUUUUUUUUUGAAAGAAUGUUAAAUUAAUUCAAACAAAAAGCUGUUUUACACUUUGUGUUACAUUGGGAUAGAAAUUUUUUUUAAACUCAAACCUAUCUAUAACCUAUCUCGUUGCAAACCAUAGAACUAAACCUCCCGUGUGCGCUCGGGCGCGGAUGGAAGACAGCCUAUUACGAACGUUUUUGUCCACCAGCUGAAUGAGCUGACUCGGGGAUAGUGGACUUUCUCCAUGCCGACGUUGAUUACGUUCCCUCCAUAUGGCAUACAAAGUUGCUUGGAACACAUAUCUCACUAUGUAAAGCUCUGUUUUGUCUCUGUUUUGAUCAAUCACCAGCUGUAUAAUCUGGUCCCACUGGUUGGUAUAGCGUGUAGCUAGCAUUUAUUUUGUUUUUUCAAACAUCUUUUAUUUAUUUUUCCUCUUUAUGUAUACUUAGCAAAUUCGAGAUCAAUACAGAAUCAACUCUAAGCAAUGAAAAGAGCAUGUUGUUCACUCGGGCUUAGAUGAUUACAAUAAAUUACCUGAAAGUUUUUUUUUUCUUUUUUGCUCAAGCUCCAUAUUUUGGGGCCUUCCAAAGUUUGAAAGCAAAGUCUAACAAAGAUUUCCAGAGAGUUGCAAUGGAAAACAAAAAUGCUUGAAACAAGCCAUGUUGUAUAUUAACAAAAGUUUCAUUAAGUUGAAAUUACUAGAGUUUAAAAUGAUAAUGUAGCUUUAGAUUGACACAUGUUUUUUUUAUUUGUUCAUAAAGAAUUUUAAAAUCAAUGGUGUUUGAGCUGAAGUAGCAGAAAAAUACAAGUUAUAUUCGAAAAUGAUUUGGCGAAAUCAUCCUAUGAAGCCAAAGUAAAAAAAAAAAGAAAUAUGUAGAUUUCAAAAUUAGUAAACAAGUCUUUGGAUUUUGGAACAUACAAAAAGCUAACGCACUAGCCAUCACACGGGUGACGAGGCUCUCACUGAGUACGAACAUAUUUGUAUGAAAUUCAGAAAAACAAUAAACCAUAUAAAAAGAGUUAUAUUGAGUAUGGCGUGGACAUCUUAGCCAAACAAUAUCCAAAAAGU